AUGGCGCAUAUUUUUGAGGUCGGGACAAGGGCCUGGCAGCCUGACCCGACGGAUGGAUGGCUUGCGUCCGAACUCAAGGAGAAACUGGUCGAUGGAGAGAAAGUGCAGCUGGUGUUUGAGCUGGAAAAUGGAGAAACAAAAACCAUCGAGACCACGCAGUCCGAACUGCAGGUCGACAACAACCCAAACUUGCCUCCGUUAAUGAACCCGGCCAUGCUGGAAGCCAGCGAAGAUUUGACCAACUUGUCUCACUUGAAUGAGCCCGCUGUACUGCAGGCUAUAAAGCUCCGCUAUGCUCAGAAAGAGAUAUAUACCUACAGUGGCAUCGUCCUGAUUGCGACCAAUCCUUUUGCCCGGGUGGACUCGCUCUAUGUGCCGCAGAUGGUACAGGUCUAUGCAGGGAAACAUCGAGCUUCACAGGCACCUCAUUUGUUCGCCAUUGCUGAGGAAGCUUUUGCUGACAUGCUUCGUGACGGCAAGAACCAGACCAUUGUGGUCUCCGGAGAGUCAGGUGCCGGAAAGACCGUGAGUGCCAAAUAUAUCAUGCGGUAUUUUGCAACUCGCGAGUCCUCGGACCAGCCAGGGAAAUACACCACCAGUCGCGCAGAUGCAAUCAGUGAGACGGAAGAGCAGAUCCUGGCCACCAAUCCGGUCAUGGAAGCGUUCGGUAACGCCAAAACGACACGGAACGACAAUUCUUCUCGUUUUGGCAAAUACAUCGAGAUCAUGUUUGAUGACCGCACCAACAUCAUUGGUGCCAAGAUCCGGACCUAUCUUCUGGAGAGAUCGAGGCUAGUCUUCCAGCCACUCAAGGAGCGCAAUUACCACAUCUUCUACCAGCUCGUGGCCGGCGCCACGGACGAGGAGAGGCAAGACCUGGGUAUUUUGCCUGUCGAGGAAUACGAGUAUCUCAACCAGGGUGGAACGCCUAAGAUUGACGGUGUCGACGACAAGGCGGAAUUUGAUGCCACUAGGAAAUCCCUGGCCACGAUUGGCGUCCCGGAGCACAACCAAACUGAGAUCUUCCGCAUUCUCGCGGCUCUGUUGCACCUUGGCAAUGUCAAAAUCACGGCUACCCGCACGGACUCCUCUCUCUCGUCGUCCGAGCCUUCUCUUGUGCGCGCUUGUGCUAUGCUGGGGAUCGAUGCUAACGAUUUUGCAAAAUGGAUCGUCAAAAAGCAGCUGAUUACACGAGGCGAGAAGAUCACUUCCAACUUGACUCAGCAGCAAGCCACUGUUGUACGAGACUCGGUCGCCAAGUUCAUCUACUCGAGUUUGUUCGAUUGGCUGGUAGACAAGAUCAAUCGUGGUCUGGCCACUGAUGAAGUUCUCAGCCGAUUCCAGUUCUUCAUCGGUGUUCUGGAUAUCUAUGGCUUUGAACAUUUUGCCAAGAACUCUUUCGAACAGUUCUGCAUUAACUAUGCCAACGAGAAGCUGCAACAGGAGUUCAACCAGCAUGUGUUCAAACUAGAACAGGAGGAAUAUGUUCGAGAAGAGAUCGACUGGAAGUUCAUUGACUUCUCUGAUAACCAACCCUGUAUUGAUCUGAUCGAGGCCAAACUUGGAAUUUUGUCUCUUUUGGACGAGGAAUCCCGACUUCCAAUGGGCUCCGAUGAACAGUUCGUCACCAAGCUUCAUCACCAUUUCGCCGCCGACAAGCAGAAGUUUUACAAGAAACCUCGCUUUGGCAAGUCGGCUUUCACCGUUUGCCAUUAUGCUGUUGAUGUCACCUACGAGUCCGAUGGUUUCAUUGAAAAGAACCGCGACACCGUCCCGGAUGAGCACUUGGAAGUCCUGCGCAACUCGUCCAACGACUUCGUCAAGGAAAUACUGGAAACGGCCGCCGCGGUCCGUGAAAAAGACUCCGUGUCGGUCUCAUCCAAGCCAGUCGCAGCCCCAGGGCGCCGAAUCGGUGUUGCGGUCAACCGCAAGCCCACCCUGGGAGGAAUUUUCAAGUCUUCGCUGAUUGAGCUGAUGGCCACCAUCAAUUCAACGGACGUGCAUUACAUCCGCUGUAUCAAGCCCAAUGAAGCCAAAGAGGCUUGGAAGUUUGAGGGCCCAAUGGUUCUCAGUCAGUUGAGGGCUUGUGGUGUUUUGGAAACCGUUAGAAUCAGCACUGCUGGGUACCCGACUCGCUGGACAUACGAGGAAUUUGCCAUUCGCUACUACAUGCUCUGCCAUUCCUCACAGUGGACAUCGGAAAUUCGGCAGAUGUGCCAUGCUAUCCUUCGAAAAGCCCUGGGAGAUGCCAACCAUCAAAAGCGGGACAAGUAUCAACUCGGUCUGACCAAGAUCUUUUUCCGGGCCGGUAUGCUUGCUUUCUUAGAGAACCUCCGGACCUCUAGGUUGAACGAAUGUGCGAUUAUGAUUCAAAAGAAUCUGCGUUGCAAAUACUACCGGCGCCGCUACCUGGAUGCCCGUGAAUCGAUUCUCACCACCCAGGCCUUCAUCAGGGGAUUUUUGGCACGACAACGGGCCCAGGAAAUUCGCCAAACUAAAGCUGCCACUACAAUACAGAGGGUCUGGCGUGGGCAGAAGGAGAGGAAGCAGUACCUCAAAACCCGAGGCAAUUACAUUCGCUUCCAAUCCCUCGCCAAGGGAUUUCUCUGUCGACGAAACAUCAUGGACUCCAUCAACGGCAACGCUGCGAAGAUCAUCCAGCGCUCGUUCCGUUCAUGGCGUCAAUUGCGAUCCUGGCGACAAUAUCGCCGCAAGGUGGUCAUCAUUCAAAGUCUUUGGAGAGGUAAACAGGCGAGGCAAGAUUAUAGGAAGCUGCGAGAGGACGCGCGGGAUCUCAAGCAAAUUUCCUACAAACUGGAGAACAAGGUGGUAGAGCUGACGCAGUAUUUGGAGUCCCUUAAGCGAGAAAACAAGUCCUUGGGCUCUCAGUUGGAGAACUACGAGACCCAAUUGAAGUCAUGGCGAAGUCGGCACAACACGCUGGAGGCUCGCGCCAAGGAAUUACAAGCCGAGGCUAACCAGGCCGGUAUCACCGCAGCCCGGUUGGAAGCUGUCGAAGAGGAGAUGAGCAAGCUACAACAAAGCCAUACCGAGGCUCAGACCACCAUCAAGCGUCUCCAAGAGGAAGAGAGAGUUUCUCGUGAGGCACUCCGUACCUCAAACGAGGAACUGGAGCGCCUGAAGCUGCUGAAUGGCGACCACGAAAAAGAGCAGGCUGCUCUACGCCAACGCAUUUCUGAGCUUGAGGAGGAGCUCGAGGUUGCCAAGCGGUCUGUGCCAGCGAACGGCCUGAAUGGUGAUCUGCCGAACGGUGGCGCCGUCCAGCCUCCCGCCACUGGUCUGAUCAAUCUGGUAUCCUCGAAGAAACCUAAGCCCAAGAGACGCAGUGCAGGAGCAGAAAAGAUCGACACUGAUCGCUUUAGCGGUGCAUACAACCCGCGGCCGGUGUCGAUGGCGGUCCCCUCAGCUGGCGCUGGGCGCCCGAACGCCGCAAUCUCGCCUGGCCUAGACUCGGUCGAGGUAGAGCUCGAGAACCUGCUGUCCGAAGAAGAGGAUCUGAACGAGGAGGUCACCAUGGGCUUAAUUCGCAACCUCAAGAUCCCGCUCCCAAGCUCGACUCCGCCGCCAACUGAGAAGGAAGUCCUGUUCCCGGCCUACCUGAUCAACCUCGUCACCUCGGAGAUGUGGAACAAUGGCUUUGUCAAGGAAUCCGAGCGAUUCUUGGCCAAUGUGAUGCAAUCGAUCCAACAGGAGGUUAUGCAGCAUGAUGGGGAAGACGCAGUCAACCCUGGUGCUUUCUGGCUCUCCAACGUCCACGAAAUGCUGUCGUUUGUUUUCUUGGCCGAGGAUUGGUAUGAGGCCCAGAAGACUGACAAUUACGAGUAUGAUCGUUUGUUGGAGAUCGUGAAGCAUGAUCUCGAGAGUCUCGAGUUCAACAUCUAUCACACGUGGAUGAAGACGUUGAAGAAGAAGCUCUACAAGAUGAUCGUGCCGGCCAUCAUCGAAUCUCAGUCCCUUCCAGGCUUUGUCACCAGCGAAACCAACCGGUUCCUUGGCAAGCUCCUGCCCUCCAACAACAAUCCAGCCUAUAGCAUGGACAACCUCUUGAGUCUGCUCAACAAUGUCUACAAAGCCAUGAGGGCGUUCUACUUGGAGGACACGAUUGUCAACCAGACCGUCCACGAGCUUCUGCGCCUGGUGGGAGUGACUGCAUUCAAUGACCUUCUCAUGCGCCGGAAUUUCCUGUCGUGGAAGCGCGGUCUCCAGAUCAACUACAACAUCACGCGGAUCGAGGAGUGGUGCAAGAGUCAUGAUAUGCCGGAGGGGACUUUGAAGCUAGAGCAUUUGAUGCAAGCGACCAAGCUUCUUCAGCUCAAGAAGGCUACUUUGAAUGACAUCGAAAUCAUUCAAGACAUUUGCUGGAUGCUGUCGCCAAACCAAAUCCAGAAACUUCUGAACCAGUAUCUUGUUGCGGACUACGAACAGCCCAUCAAUGGCGAGAUCAUGAAGGCUGUUGCCUCCCGCGUCACUGAAAAUAGUGACGUGCUUCUGUUGGCCCCGGUGGACAUGGAUGACAGUGGUCCUUAUGAAAUUGCCGAGCCUCGUGCCAUCACGGCCUUGGAAACCUACACACCGUCCUGGCUUCAAACGCCGCGACUCAAGCGGUUGGCCGAAAUCGUGUCCGCGCAGGCGAUGGCACAGCAAGAAAAGCUCGACAUGGAUAAUGGGACGAUUGAGGAGUAG